AUGUCUAAUUUGAAUGACUCUAAAGCUAACAUCACUCAGACUGUAGUGAUGGAUCAAAAUGCACUGAAGAUGUUCUUGUCUGGGACCCCGUGUGUUAUUUUCCUUUAUGUCAAUGGGGUCAUGCUCUUCACCUUGAGUAAAAAGACUGUUUUCCAGGAGAUGCCUCGCUACAUGCUGUUUGGUCACAUGCUUUGGGUCGACACGCUUAAUCUAUUUAUGAGUUUAGUGUUGUAUAUAUGUGCUGUCAGUAGAAUGUCAAUUCUGAAAAAUAUUUGUCUUUUUCUUCUCAUUUCUACAACAGCCCUCUUACAUGUUUCUGUGCUGAAUCUGUCUUUAAUGUCACUGGAGAGGUAUAUAGUCAUCUGUUUUCCUCUCAGACAUGCAGACAUCACCACUUCUGAAAGAACUAAAAUGGCUAUUGCUAUUGUUUGGAUGAUGGGUUUGAUUCAGCCCCUCUCUGAUAUGAUUACUUUCUAUGCUAUUGAUUCUACGAGUGCAGUUAUGAAUUUGUUCUGCUCAAGAACCACUCUUUUCAGACUUCAGAUUUAUAAGAAACUUGAAAUAUCUAUCACUUGUGUAUUUUUUGUGUCUGUGAGUUUUGUUAUUAUUUUUACUUAUGCCUCUAUAGCAGCUGUGGCUAAAACUGCCUCCAGUGAUAAAGCGUCGGCCAAAAAAGCUAACAAGACUGUUCUGCUGCAUUUGUUACAGCUGGUUCUUGGUCUCAUAUCCCUUUUAUUGGAACCCAUUUUUGAAGCUAUGUAUGUUCAUGUUGACUAUAAUACUUUGGUAAACUUAAUGUAUUUUUUCUUUGUUGUCUUUAUAAUUUUCCCAAGAUGUUUAAGUCCUCUUGUAUAUGGCCUGAGAGACAAGGCCUUUGGCUCGUCAUUUAAAUACUACUUCACAUUGGGUUUCAAAAGGCAAAACAAAUGUAAUACAGAGAUACAUUUAGUAGCAGGAGGUUGUAAAAUAUAG